GCCGGGAAUUAGCCAGGACACGCGAGGCCUCUGGAGCCUCUGGACGUGAGGUCGGCAGCCAGGCCCGGGGUUGGUCAGCGCCUCGGGAAGGAGCCAGAGACCUGGCCUCAGUUUCGGGCUGCAAAGCGCCUCCAGGGCCUUGCGAUCGUGCACCUACCUGGGCGGGCGGUGCCUGGGAUCCUCCAGCCUCCCCCGGUGGGGUUUCGGGCCUACAGCCCAAGGGAGGGUGACACGCCCCGCAAUCGCUGCUGCGUCUAUCCCUGAGAGGGACUGGCGCACGCCCAGCUCUGCGCCGAGCGACUGCGGAGAGAAAAGGGGCGCGCUUCAAAGUAGCCAAUGGUUCCAGGGAAAGCUGAUAGCUCGAGAUGGCUGCCCAGUGUGUCACGAAGGUGGAGCUGAAUAUUUCUUGUGACAAUCUUUUGGAUAAAGAUGUAGGGUCAAAGUCAGACCCUUUAUGUGUGCUAUUUUUGAAUACAAGUGGCCAGCAGUGGUAUGAGGUUGAACGCACUGAAAGGAUUAAGAAUUGCCUGAAUCCCAAAUUUUCCAAGACAUUUAUUAUUGAUUACUACUUUGAAGUGGUUCAGAAAUUGAAAUUUGGAAUUUAUGACAUCGACAACAAAACUAUCGAGCUGAGCGAUGAUGACUUCUUGGGAGAAUGUGAAUGUACCCUUGGACAAAUUGUUUCCAGUAAGAAGCUGACUCGACCACUAGUGCUUAAAAACGGCAGACCUGCAGGAAAAGGAAGCAUUACGAUUUCAGCUGAAGAAAUAAAGGAUAACAGAGUCGUCUUGUUUGAGAUGGAAGCAAGAAAACUGGAUAAUAAGGACUUAUUUGGAAAGUCAGAUCCAUACCUGGAAUUCCACAAGCAAACAUCUGAUGGAAAUUGGUUAAUGGUUCAUCGAACAGAGGUUAUUAAAAACAACUUGAAUCCUGUUUGGAGGCCUUUUAAAAUCUCUCUUAACUCCCUAUGCUAUGGAGAUAUGGAUAAAACUAUUAAGGUAGAGUGUUAUGAUUAUGACAAUGAUGGGUCACAUGAUCUCAUUGGAACAUUUCAAACCACCAUGACAAAACUGAAAGAAGCCUCCAGAAACUCACCUAUUGAAUUUGAAUGCAUAAAUGAAAAAAAGAAGCAAAAGAAGAAAAGCUAUAAGAAUUCUGGAAUUAUCAGCGUGAAACAGUGUGAGAUUACAGUGGAAUGUACAUUCCUUGACUAUGUCAUGGGAGGAUGUCAACUGAAUUUUACUGUGGGAGUGGACUUCACUGGCUCCAAUGGUGACCCAAGGUCUCCCAACUCCCUUCAUUACAUCAGCCCCAAUGGUGUUAAUGAGUAUUUGACUGCUAUCUGGUCUGUGGGACUGGUCAUUCAAGAUUAUGAUGCUGAUAAGAUGUUUCCAGCUUUUGGUUUUGGAGCUCAGAUUCCUCCUCAGUGGCAGGUUUCACAUGAAUUUCCAAUCAACUUUAAUCCAUCCAAUCCCUACUGUAAUGGAAUCCAAGGCAUUAUAGAGGCAUAUCGGGCCUGCCUUCCUCAGAUAAAACUCUAUGGACCAACUAAUUUUUCUCCAAUCAUAAAUCAUGUGGCUAAGUUUGCUGCUGCAGCCACACAACAACAUACGGCUUCUCAAUAUUUUGUGCUCUUAAUCAUUACUGAUGGCGUGAUCACAGACCUUGAUGAGACCAGACAAGCUAUUGUUAAUGCUGCCAAGCUGCCUAUGUCCAUCAUCAUUGUUGGGGUUGGAGGUGCUGACUUUAGUGCCAUGGAAUUUCUGGAUGCCGAUGGUGGAAGUCUCCGCUCCCCGUCAGGCGAGGUGGCCAUCAGGGACAUCGUCCAGUUUGUGCCUUUCAGACAGUUCCAGAACGCUCCAAAAGAAGCGCUUGCUCAGUGUGUGUUGGCGGAGAUCCCCCAGCAGGUGGUGGGCUACUUCAACGCAUACAAACUCCUUCCUCCCAAGAAUCCUGCUGCCAAAUGAAAAGAGCCCUGGUUGCCUGAGCAGAAUUCCUUUGUGUUGUGUGGAGCAACGGAUUUCUCUCUGACCCCAGAAAAUGAAUCUAUUGUUUUACACCCUUUUCAUGAACCCCAGCAGUUAUGAUGCAAACCUAGUUCUCUAUGGAUUAUGUCUGUUUAAAGCAUUCUUUUCAUGCUUUUUUUAGGAGGAAAGUGCUAAAUUAAUCUUUGCCCAAUCAAUUCCGUGAUUGCUAGUGAUUUACAGUAAUUGCAGCAAGGCUGUUUGGAUUAGAAACUGGUGUGAGAAAAGCGAAUUUUGUAGUGGUGGUUGUUGGACGUUCAUAUGAUAAAAACCAGUAUUUUUAUACUGGUUUUGAGUGUUUGUCAAUAGAUAGAAUGGAAAAUUGUUAGAGUGCUGUGAUUUACAGGUUGCUGUACUUUGCUGUAGGCAAUAUAUGUUUUAUAUAGGCCAGUGUCCAUACUUGAUGACAGAGCUUCUUAAAUCAAGACGAUAUUGAAUUUGUUCCUAGAACUAUAUUUAGUACUUUUCCAUGGGAUAAAACUUCACUUGCACCUGAAUUUUGCUGCAGUUUAGGCAUACACAAUUCAAAACAGCAUGCAUUCUCAUAGGACUUCAUGAAAAGUACUGAAUGAGAAUGGAAGGCAUAGAUUUAAUUCUUAAAACUGUACAAUCGACAAGGAAAAGGAACCUCAUGUAAGUAAGCCAUUUUUAUUUGCCUUCCUAGAUCUUUAUUUUCAUUGUUGAACAUUGUAAAUGUGGUCAGGUUUUGACCUUUUCAUUGACUGUAUGUGACACUCAGGACUCUGUGUCAAUGAUAGGUUGUCCUAGAUUCGACAUUAUUCAUUUAGAGUUGUAAUGGUUAGGACUGCUUUGUCCAGGAAAGCUACAAGGACCAAGCAUAUAAGGGGAAAUUCAGAAUUCCACUUCCUUUCUCUUAAAGAAAUACCUUGUUAAUUAAAAAAGAUAAUUUUUAUACUUUCCUUGCUAAGGUCCCAUAUAUUGAUUUGUACAUUGUAUAGAUUCAUUUAUUUUUUAUUUUUUUAUUUUUUGGUCUUUUUUUUUGUCUUUUUCAGGGCCACACCUGCAGUAUAUG